AUGGCAAGCCGUAGCUUUUGUUCAAACGACAUUCAGCUAAACAGCGUGAUCGAUACAAUUCGUCUCUUCCUAGACUGUGUGGACUUCUCUGAUUCAUCCUGCGAUGGUUGGAACGUCGCUAUGAAUUUUGCAUGCCAUUUCAACGGCAAAUCUAACGAUUAUGCAAAGAUAUACAUACUUUUCGAAUGGAUUAUCAUCCAGUUCCAGCAAGAAAUGAAAGACAAUCCCAAUCCAGGUAUAUAUGCUUCGAUGUCAAAUUAUGUUUGCAGAGCAGAAGACCCAAAUGCGCUACAGCUGUGGCGUGAUCUUGCUCCGCAAAGUGCUUUCAAACAAAAGGGUCGCUACGAGUUCCAGAUUCUAGCGCCUCAGCUGGUUGGCGAGAGCUCCGAAAUAGCCCAUUUCCUUAGUCGUGGUGCCGACGCUAGCUGCGCCGGCAUUAAUGAGGAUAUCAGUCCGAGACCAGAAACCCUCACGUCUCUAGCAAUGUAUUCCAUACAAGCAUUCCAAAAUUGGACCGGCAAUAUUUCGGAAGCGAGAAUAGACAUUGACGCUGUGCUGGCCCAUGAGUCGAAGGAGGGCCCAGUCCAUGAAGCUGGAUGGACACUCGAGACCUUGCAAAAACUUUACGAAUUCAGUGAGGUGAACUGUGCAUGUGGUGACUCAUACGAUUGCUGCAUCUGUAAGAAGAAAAUUGGUCAAAAUGGUCUCAAGAUUCAACCGUUGUGGCUCUAUGCUCAAGAGAAAAUCAAAUGUGGAAACUUGCCGCAACGAAAGACGUUUCGAGAUUUCUUCGAAGAGGCUCGUGCAGAAUCAAGUGGUGAGAUGUCUAAAAACCUAGAAGAGAGGUCCGAAGAGGAAGACGGAGAAGACUUUACGGAGGAGCUCGAUGAUAGUUCCAUAGACAUAGAGGAAGCAGAAGCUUUCCUUUCCGACUUAGACAAGCGAUAUGAGGAACGGCUUUCGAAAAAGCUACCCACUGGGCUUCUUGUCCUGGGCAGGUGGCCAGAAGCAGCCUUGGAUCCAAUGGACCUUGAGACAGCCAGAUCGAAACCAGUCGAAGAAUGGCCUUCGUAUGCGUACAGAAGAUCAGAUAGGGUGCGCAUGCAGUGCUGGCUAGCACAUCCUCACCUCCAUAUGGGAAAUUGGAAAAAAGUCGCUGUCACUUCAGAAAGCGACACCGACGCCUACACAGGCAUGUCAUCACAAGACGAAUUCUCACCGUACUUGAUUCAUUCAUGA